AUGACAGUGAAACUGGGAGAGAGCAGCGGGGAGGAAGGGGUGAAAAAGCUGGGCAAGAGAGCAGGAGGAGAUGAGGAGUCCCUGGAAGAAGAAGGGGCAGGAGGAGGAGGAGAGGCAGCUCCAGGCAGCAGCAGCACAAAGAAAGAAGAGAAGAUUAUUAACAACAACACUAACAGCAGCCCCCCACCGAACCCCAGCUUAUCGCAGGCCCCGGCCUCCCUCCAGCCCUCCCACAGCCAGGACCAGCAUCAUUUUCUCAGGUCCAGCGUCAGACCUCAGAGCAAGAGGCUGAAGAAGGAUUCCCAGGCAUCCUCUUCAGUUGGCAGCAGCACUGCUGCAAAAGGCAAAGCAGCAGAUAAUGGAGGGACUGCAUCUGGUGGCACAUCAGGAAUUCCUCCCAACAAUCCUGCUGGGAAUUCCAAGUCAGCGGCAAGGAACCUGGGCUCCUCGGCUGGAGAGAAGGAGGAAGGAAAGAAGGUCAGACGGCAGUGGGAAUCGUGGAGCACAGAGGACAAAAAUACUUUCUUCGAGGGACUGUAUGAGCAUGGGAAGGACUUUGAAGCCAUCCAGAACAACAUUGCCCUGAAAUACAAGAAGAAAGGCAAACCAGCAAGCAUGGUGAAGAAUAAGGAACAGGUCCGCCAUUUCUACUACCGCACCUGGCACAAGAUCUCAAAGUACAUUGACUUUGAUAAUGUGUUUUCUCAAGGGCUGAAAAAAUCCUCACUGGAGCUUUAUGGCUUAAUCUGCUAUGGGGAACUAAGGAAAAAGAUUGGGGGAUGUAUGGAUGACAAGAACGCAGCUAAACUCAAUGAGCUCAUUCAAGCCGGGGCUACGACUGUUCGUUACAAAGGCAGAAACCUUCGUAUCAAAGCUCCGAUGUGCAGGGCUUUGAAGAAACUCUGUGAUCCAGAUGGUGUUAGUGAUGAAGAGGACCAGAAGCCAGUACGUCUUCCUCUCAAGGUUCCUGUGGAGUUGCAGCCACGAAAUAAUCAUGCCUGGGCUCGAGUACAGAGUCUUGCCCAGAAUCCACGGCUUAGGAUGAUUGUGGAGUUGCAUCGGAAGGUCUCCAGCCUCAUUGAGUUCCUGAAGCAGAAGUGGGCUCUCCAUGAAGUGCGUAUUCGAAAAACACUAGAAGAACGGCAACUUCAAGACUCCAGAGACUCAGAAACAAGAGGUGGCUUCUCAGAGGAGAAAGUAAUGCUCCAUCUCUUUCCAGGAGAGAAUUGUACACUCACUCCACUGCCUGGGGUAGCCAGAGUGGUCCACUCCAAGGCUUUCUGCACAGUGCAUUGGCAGGAAACUGGCAAAUGCAAACAGAACACGAAAGACUCACACUUACUACCCCCUGCACAAAUCCUAGGCAUACAGAGUGGUCAGGGGACAGCUAGGGGACAGCUAAAAUACACACGGGGAACAGAAGGUAAGGGUGUUGGAAGGGCAGAGAGCACUACGGAGUCAAGCAGAACCUCUCAGCCCACAGCUGAAGUUUCUGCAAGCACUGAAGAUGGCGCCCCAGAGCCUGGCCUGGUGGAAGGAACAGCCGCAAAUCUUGGCAUCACUAAUUCUCUCCAAAAACCGCCUUCUGGACUUCAAGAUCCAGGAGGAAACCACGAAAAGCUGAGCUCAGUGGCCUUCUGUGUGGAGGGCAGGGAGGCCCUGGCUAGUGACCAAGCAGCUGUGCUACCAUCGUGCAGCACAGCUUGUGCUUGCAGUAAGAUCCCUGAUGUGGAGGAACUCUCUCUGCUCGAUCCAUUCCCACGGUACAUGAAGUCCUGUCAGGACCUGAUCGUCCCAGAGAAAUGUUCUUGCACAGACAAACUGCAUGGGAAAGAAUCUGCUCCAGCAGCUGGUGAUACUUCUCCUGUGGCUUUUCCAAGCGGGAAGAGCGCAGAGACGUCUGACUCCUAUUCACAGCUACCAAGAGGUGGUGUGGCUUCACCCAGCAGUGGCCCAUCCAGAUAUGAAACUCAGGCUAGCCACAGCCAGGGCCAGCAGCUUGAUGCUUGUACCAAGGAUAUAACAGAUGCAGUAAUGGAGGAUUCUCAAGAGAAGCUGGGCUCCUCAUUUCCACCUCCACCUCAGGGACAAUCUAGUACAAAGUCUCUCAAGGAUGACCCAAGCCGGCUCUCUCAACAGGUUAGAGAAGAAGGAUGGAGUCUAAGAACUUCUGAGAGCCUUACGCUGGCUGAAGUCUACCUCAUGAUGGGCAAACCGAACAAGUUGCAGCUGGAAUAUGACUGGUUGGCUGUCUUGGAGCCAGAAACCCAGGAUGCUAAGGAGCAAACAUCCGAAUCAAGUGCUGUUCCUGCAUGUACCACCUUUCACAAGCAGAGACUCCUAAACUGCCUUUUAAAACUCAUCUCUACUGAAGUCAAUCCCAAACCAAUGCCCGAGAUGAGCUCUGUUGCCACGUCACCUAUAAAGCCUGCUCAAGAGGAGCAGUCACUGACUCCUCCGGGAAAGGUGAUUGCCAUCAGCACCAGGAGUCCAGGUUGUGCACGAAAUCAAUCUGCCCUUCGCAACAACAAGACUUUUUCUCCUGGUGCUGCUUCCAGCUCCUCAGGUUUGAGAAACCUUCCUAGACCUCUCUUGGUGGCUGGUCCUUCAAGUUCUGGAAGCACUGAUACUGAUGGUGGACUCUUUGCAGUUCCUACAACUCUACCACCCAACAGCCGCCAUGGGAAACUGUUCUUGCCUAGCAAAGAAGCAGAACUGACCUUCCGGCAGCACUUAGACACAAUCAGUAUGCAGUCAGACUUCUUCUUGCCAAAGCCAAGGAAGUUACGGAACAGGCACUUACGGAAGCCGUUAGUAGUACAGAGAACACUGCUCCCCAGGCCAUCUGGAAAUCCGUCCCAGCAUGUCUGUUCCUUUUCUAUUUUAUCCAACUCAUCCAUUACAGGGAGAGGUUCAUUUCGGCCAAUCCAGUCCUCACUGACUAAAGCUGCUGUUUCUCGUCCAAUUGUGCCCAAAGUUCUUCCAACACAGGCUACCAACCAUCUGUCUAGUGCUAUUGACUUGGCAGCUAAAAGUGCUGGUAUUAUCCCUGGUAGCCCUGUGCCUGUCCUGGAUGCAGAUGGUUUGUCAGGUGUGUCUCCAUUGUCACCAGACGGAGUGGCCACAGUGGUAACAGGGCAGGAGUCAACAGUAGCGCAUCAGAACGGAGGCUCCAUCACUACUGUAGAGGGCUCAGGCCCUGGGUGUCGGGUUCCGUUCAUCAGCCUACCAACACGGCAUGAGCAGGAGUCAGUUCCUGAUGGUUUCCAGGGCACAUCAGUCCUUUCUCUGUCAGAACUGUCCAAGGCUCCCCUCCAAAAUGGUCUUUCCACCCCUCCACUUCCCUCAUCAGAGGCUUCCAGUACCCGGCUCUCUCCUCCCAAUGUUUCUGCUCUUUUGGAUAUUUCUCUGCCUGGACCACCUGAAGACGUGCUUUCUCAAGGAGAGCCUGCCACUCAAAUCAGUGAUUCCAUCAUUGAAAUAGCUAUCAGCUCUGGUCAAUACAGUGAAGGUGUUUCUCUCUCUCCUGCAAAGCUGAACGGCAGUGACAGCUCCAAAAGUCUUCCGUCCCCAUCCAGUAGUCCUCAACAGAACUGGAUUGCCUCUCCCAGCCAUGAUCCCCAGUGGUACCCCAAUGACUCCACAGACUCGUCUCUCAGCAGCUUGUUUUCAAGUUUCAUCUCCCCCGAGAAGGGACGAAAAAUGUUGCCAACUCCUGUUGGGACUACCAGUGGCACCUCCUUACUGGGACCCAGCCUUCUGGAUGGAAACUCACGGGACUCUUUUGUGUCACGGUCUCUGGCAGAUGUAGCAGAGGUGGUGGAUUCCCAGCUGGCUUGCAUGAUGAAUGAGAACAGCAUAGAUUACAUAUCUCGUUUUAAUGACCUUGCCCAGGAACUAUCAAUACCUGAGCCAACCCGCAGGGAAAUUCUCUUCGAUGGAGGAGGUGGUGGUCCCCCAAUUGGGGAUCUCUCACAGUGAGUGUACGAGACCAGCAGGCUGGUAUAGACUAUUCAGCUAAAGUUGGAGCUUGCAGCGCUGGAUCAUGGCAAGGGCAGGUUGUAGAGAAGCAGCUGAGGCUCAGUUGUCCCUGUCUUGUGCACUUUUUCCUAAAAGAGAAGCAUUGUCUUCAAAGGUCUGAAGAAGUACUUGCAAGUCCUGGAAUGUGCAAUAUAUGGGAACAACAAAACAUGGAAUGGUAUUACAGGAAAUGGUGUGUCCCCUGCCUCAGUGAUAUACAAUGGCAGAUUUAUGGGACAGUCCUGGACUUGUACUUUGGAAUGGCCUAAGCAAGAAGCUCAAGCAGGGAAGGGUAUUGCCAGAAGCUCCCCUACGUGAAUUAUUUUUUGCGUAGUAAUCAAAAUGCCAUGAUUUGGGAUCCACAUUGAAGUUGUGGAGGAUGAAGGGUGGGGGUGGGUAUGGGAACCAUUUUGCAUCUUGACAUGUCCUAGUUGGCACUCUUUUUAUCAAUCAGUCAAACUGAAGUUUCUUGCACUCUCUUCACAGUCGCUGCAACUCUAUGAUGCUUUGUUUUUUAUAGACCAUUCUGUUUCUUUGGCUAUGUUUUAUUGUUUGACCAUUCCAGCAGGGGCAUGUACCUGCUUUCUUGUUUUGUAGGGGAGCUCUGAUUUACCCUACUCCCAGGCUGCAUGGAUCCUUGGGGAGUUUCUGCUAUUUUUAAACCCCAUCACGUCACAAUCAUCAUCAUCCUGACUGCACUCAUAUUCUCCACUUUUGAGAUUCUUCAUCACAUUGCACAGUUCAUCCCAUGAGUGGGAGAGUGCUUUUUUUGCUUUCCCUGAAGAACGGUUGCUUUUUAAGUUGGGAAACACUGCAAAAGAGCUUAUUGGAAUCACUAGGAAAGCUUUGUCAUAAUUAGUCUUGGCUUUGCUGGAAACCUGUAUAUAUUGCCACCUUUUGUCACAAAACCCAAGGAUUUACCUGGGAGAGGAAAUAGGAAAGAAUAUUGUAAUGUAUAGAAACAAAUAAUAUGCUAACGCUAAAGUUGUUCAGAUCUGUUUCGUGUCAUGAAGAGGAGAGGUGUCAAGUCCUAGCUUAAUCCCUUAGUCCUUCCUUAUUUCCUCCUUGUUCUGUGAAUUCCAGGUGCUCUGUAGUACCUCAGGGCAUCAUUAUAGUCACUCCCAGGCACUAGUGGAUCUGGUACGCCCUCUACUAAACCCUUAUGCAUUUAAUGUUAGUGUUUUAAUAUUUGAAAGACCCAGAUCCUGAUACCAGCAGGUUCAAAGGAAUACAGAGUUACUUUCUCUACAGCUGGUUGUCCGUUGAUUCUACCUUUAUAACUCAGGAGACUUUUCCUAUUUCCUUUCCUACCUGUCAUGAGAGAGAAUACCUUUAUUGUGCCCCUUUUUUAAGCACUUGUCUGCUUCUCCAGUAAGAGAAUGUCCUUUGGCUAUUUUAAGUAGCUCUGAACUUAUCCAAGGGGCUAGUCCUAUAUAAACCUCAACUUUAUAUUAUUAAUAAAUAAACAAAACUUCUCCAUCUCUUAGGCUAUUAUCAGGGGUUCAUUUUCCCAACUUGCACUAUACUUGGUGGAUGUAGUUCUACCUGCCUUUAGCUACUUUUACAAGGCAUUUGACUGGGAGUUUCUCCUUGUAAUUUUGCUCACGAUGCACUGAUUGGAUUUGCUCUUUUCCCAGUCACUUUUUUACCUUGCUUUAUGUAGAUUAUUUUUUUUUAACCGCUAUAUAGUUUGCCUUAUGCUUUCUGUUGUUAAUAGAAAAUGUAACAAGUUCUCUGAUGCACCUUUUGUGUGACCCAGAGCAACCUUCCUGAUUUCACUCAAAAAGGAGUGAGAUUUGGAUGACAUUCCAAGACCCCAUGUAUCAGGUUGCUACAUUCUGCUCUUUGACAUAGAAACCAUGCAGACGUGUCAAAACAGCAUUAGUGCAAUUGGAUGUUGCCAACAGGGAGGCAAACCUGUAUUACUAGCAAGAAAACGAUCAUGACUGGAAGAAUGGAGAAUUUCAUACCUGUGAGCUAACUUCCUAUUCUGACUGCAUGUCAUGUGGGAUAUUAAGUCCUUCUGUCAUUAUUUCUCUUUCAUUAUUCUUACAGAGCCUUGUUUUAGAAUUCUCAUGCAAUUAUCAAGAAAUGAUAUAAACCUAGAAUACAAAAAGUUGAAGGCUGUCAGAAAAAUGAAUGCUGAGGACUGUAUCAUUCUGAGCAUUCACCCUUGGUAUGGCGAGGACACCCCUUAAUGUCAAGAGUCACUCCUUCUAAAACUUUUAAGUUUUACUUAGAGUUGAGCUGUAUUUUCAUUCAGUCUUUCCCAGAUUGUUUCCUCUUGGUUUUGGCUUCUUACAUUAGCAAGCUGAUUAUCCUAUAUGCUGUACCUCCAAAAAUCCUUUGGACUUGCAGGACAAAAGUAGAGGGCUCCUACUGUGGCUGUGGAUUACAGGACAUGCAGGAGGAGAUCUGAUACAUUCUAAUCAAGUACUGUAUAAAAAAAUAAAAUAAAAUCUGAACACUCAUUCUUAAACUUCUAAAUAUUGAAAGACCAGCCUGAUGGUCUCCAGUGUAUUUAGGUAGCUUGACAAACAUUUCAUCUUCUUUGCCCAUGCUGGUAAUGGAGUGGAUGUAGUUGACUCUUAGGUUGUCUAGGAGAAUAAGUGCCAGUGUUGUGGUGGAGCACUUGCUUCAAGAUCUGUGGAGACUUCCUGCCAUCUGGUACAGGGAGGUGUCAAGCUGCCCUUUCUCAGCCCAUUCAGUUGUCAUAGGGGAAUAAUAGAAUUGCAGAAUGAAGUCAGAAUAGUGGCUAUUUUUAAUGACGCCAUGUGAUCAGAAAACUGUAAUGUACUGAACCUUUGCGAGUAGACUUGGACCACCAAGUAAUAAAGUGGAAAUGACAGAGGUCAGUUCAGCACUCAGAAUUUUGUGGUUAGAAAUGUGUUUGUCAUCAGCUUCUUAAAAGUUGUCAUUAUGAAACAGAAUUUGAUUUCAGAAAUGUAAUGCUUUGCAAACUGCAGUUUAGUAAUAAAGCCCUUUCAGGACAAGUAAGUCUUAUCAAGGAAAAAAAUUAAAAAUAACUUGGAGCAUUGUGGUAAUUUUGAAUUGAUGCAGAAUUUGUUACCCUUAAUAUGUCAAAGGUCACUUAAACACACUUCUGAUUCCACCAGCUCUAGAUUUUAGGUGGAUGUGCUUUACAGGAUUGAUCACCAUCAGUUUGUGCCUAAGACUGCUAAGUGAAAAAUUGGGGGGGUGUCAGAGGGGUGUGUAUAUACACACACAUACAUACAUGUGUGCUUAUGUGUGUGUAUAUAUUUAAUCUUUGUUAAACACAAAACUUUUUCAAUUUUAAUUAUUUCAGCUUCCCCAACAGAAGUAACAAAAUCUGUAUGUGUAACAAUGUCAGCUUAUCCUAAGCAAGUUAUACAGAAAUGCACACAGGAUUGUUUUUGAGGUAAACAUGACUUUGUUAGCUUAAUAGCUUCUUGGGGCACUGUAAGGUGGUUGGAGAGGGACACUAACAACCUCCAGUUCUAGUAUUAAUUGCUCUAGGCUUUCCCCAUGUUGGUUUAGUGACUAUAUACAAUAAGGAAGUUCUGAGCAGUUCAGCAAGGUGAAUGGCAGAAAAUUCAGUAUUUGUUGUCAUCAUAGUCUGGGUGAAAAGCAGUACUACAUCCCAAGAACUAGAUCCACCCGUGUGUGCAUGUGCACACUAACUGGGUUUUCUGCUGGGUGUUGCAUCCUCAUUACCCACACAAUUCGUUUUAUCCUUUAUCACUAAAUCUACUAAGCAUAGGAAUACUAAUUGUUUUUAAUAUGGCAUUGUUAAGCCUUUUUUUCGACACCCCUCUUUAUAUUUCUAAAUUGAACUAAAUGGCUUGGAUCAAAUCUAAUCUAUAAAGACAUCUCAUUUACUGACUCCGCAGAUCCCAGAGUGGAAAUUACGUUGCAUUUUGUUUUUUACACUCAGACUUCAGAUGCAUUUAUAAGGAAAGUACUGCACUUUUUUUUAACCUUUUCAAACCUUUGAAUCUCUUAAUUUCACAGCAAUUUGUAAAUGUUAACUAAGUGAAACCUUGGCAAGCACUACGGCAAUAAGUUAUCAUUAAUUAUUGAAACAUGAUAACUGCUUUAGAGCUUAUGGUUCUGGCAGCAAAAUUUAAUGCUGUUUCUUUUAAUAAUAGUUAAGCCAUAUCAUCUAAGGUUUCUGGCUUGUUUGAGAUGUGAAUUUGUUUUAUAGAUUAUAAAUAUACCUAUAUAGUGUAUGUAUAAAGCAGAAUGCCUGUCCUUACUGAUUAUUUUUUGUACCAUAUUGUAAAUUAUAUUAUUUAUUCUUUACCAAUUUUGGAAAAAGGUGUUUUGGUUAUUUAAUAUAAUAUACAAAAGCUGUUAAACUUCCUCUGUUUAAAUUUCCAAUUCAACUUGUAAAGCUGUUUUUAUUCUUGUGCAUAAAUACAUACUAAUAC